GGAACACCUAAUCACCUAUGAUUUUCUUUUACAGCACCAUUAACUUGUAUUAGCCAAUGAUUGGUGAAUUUCAGAGCAACGGACCCGUUUCUCCCGCUGCAGCCGGUGGUCUUCCAAAAGUCCAAAACACUGACUGUCCACUGAAUCGGGAAAUGGAAUUUCAAUCAGUUGGAGAAAGCUAUAAAAUGGAGCAGAAGCCAGCCACUUCACUCCCAUAAGCAGUCUCAUUGUAACAAAAUCUCUCUCCUUCCUCCUCGCUGAAAUCCGCAUUGAUUUUUGCUCUGUCCUGAGAUUCCUAACUCGUUGUUCCACACUCGUCACAUCGGUGUUUGGUUUCAGGUGAAUGACUAGAGGAGAAUAAAUGGGCUUCACGUAUUGUCUUUUCCAGCCGUGCACAGCACACUAUAGGGAUGCUGUGAAUUUCAGAAGUCUCCAUCAACCAAACAUAUGCAAGGAUUCAAAGAGGAUAUCUCUAGGAAGAUCAAGGUUUUUGUGUAAAAGUCUCUCGAAAAAGAGUUCAAAACGAACAACUGCUGCUAGGGACCAAAGUGUGCUCAGUUCAAGGUUCUUAUUCGACUGGCAUCUGUGCAAUUCAACUUCAGGUGGAAUCAAUGUCUGCUCAAAGGCAUACAGAGGUGUACAUAUAUCUAGAUGUCAAGGAAAUGAUUCAACAUCAUUUAUUAAUAGACUUGUUGGGGAUUCAGAUCCUAUAGAGAGUGGUUGUGAUGCAGACCCAAUUUGUGAGACUGAUUCAAUUGCAGAAAUAGGCAGUCUGAGUGGAGAACACAAGGAACAUAGAGAAGAGGCAGAGACAAAUACGCCCGAUUUAGACGAUUUAAGGGAAUUGUUUCAUAAAGCACUCAAGGAUUUGGAGGGUGCACAUAUUAAUAGAACCAUGUUUGAAGAGAAAGCUCAAACGAUAUCGGAGGAAUCAAUAUUGUUAAAGGAAAAUGCAGUAAAGGCUAGAAAAGAUGUUAACAAUGUUCUUAACACUAUCCAAAAGAUAGUAAAUGAAGAAACAGUGGCUAAAGAAGCUGUGCAAAAAGCAACCAUGGCACUUUCACUGGCUGAAGCAAGGCUUCAGGUGACAGAGGACUCGCUGGAUGUCUCAAAUGAGACUAACUUGCCUGCUGAAACUUCUGGUGUCAGCAAAAUGGAAGCAUCAGCUUCAUUAAGAGAGGACAAUGAACUGCUUUUGACUGCUAAUGAAAUUUAUUUCAGAGAAUGCCAAGACUGUAUGGAUAAUUGCACUGCAGAACUGAGGCAAUUACAGAACAGGAAGGAAGAGUUACAGAAGGAAGUAGAAAGGCUGAAUGAGGUUGCAGAAGAAGCAGAAUUGAAAGCUCUCAAGGCAGAGGAGGAUGUGGGAAAUGUAAUGCUUUUAGCAGAGCAAGCUGUUGCAUUUGAACUCGAGGCUACACAACGUGCAAGUGAAGCAGAGGUCGCAUUACAGAGUGCAGAAAAGACACUAGCAAUUUCAAAUGUUGAUUCCACAGAAGCUACAAAUGAACAUGAGCAUGUUGAGGGGGUUGCUUUUCAUGAAAACGCGAAUAAAGGAAAUCCAACAGAUGCUGAAACACCAGAGGAGGUGCCAACUGAGGAUGAUUCUGUAACUGCAGAACCAUUACCAAGCAAACAAAUUAAUACGACCGUUCUUAAGACUGAUGAAGCGCAGUUAUUGCACAAAAGUGAAAAAGAAGACAGUGGAUUGGGGUCAGAUAGAUCAAAAAAUGUUCAGAGCAAUAAAAAACUGGAAGCACAGAAGGAGACAGUAAGGGAUAGCUCACCAUUAAAUGGUCCAAAGUCUUUACUAAAAAAAUCAUCUAGGUUCUUUUCUGCUUCUUUCUUCUCUUUUUCCGCAGAUGGUGUAAAAUUUACCCCAGCUUCAGCUUUUCAUGGUCUUUUGGAGUCAACAAGGAAAGAAUUGCCUAAACUAAUAGUUGGCUCGUUGCUACUGGGAGCUGGAUUUUCGCUCUAUGUCAACCGGGCUGAGCAAAUCAUUAAGCUAUUUCAGCAGCCAGACAUCAUUACUACUAGUAUUGAUGAGGUGUCGACAAAUACAAAGCCCCUGGUUAGAAAAAUAAAGAAACUGCCCCAGAAAAUCAAGAAACUAAUCAACAAGCUUCCUCAGCAAGAGAUAAAUGAGGAGGAAGCCUCCCUUCUUGAUGUGAUCUGGUUAUUGCUUGCCAGCGUUGUGUUUGUGCCUCUCUUCCAGAAAAUUCCUGGAGGAAGUCCUGUUCUUGGAUACCUGGCUGCUGGAAUCUUGAUUGGGCCUCAUGGUAUUUCAAUUAUUCGCAAUGUACAUGCAACCAAGGCAAUAGCUGAAUUUGGAGUUGUCUUCUUGCUUUUUAAUAUUGGCCUUGAGCUUUCUGUUGAGAGGCUAAGUUCUAUGAAGAAGUAUGUUUUUGGUUUGGGGACUGCUCAGGUAUUAGUGACAGCUGCAGCGGUUGGCUUGGUCACUCAUGUCAUUGCCGCACAGCCAGGUCCUGCAGCAAUUGUCAUUGGAAAUGGUCUUGCAUUAUCUUCCACUGCUGUUGUCCUCCAGGUGUUGCAGGAACGCGGUGAAAGCACAUCGCGGCAUGGGCGGGCGACAUUUUCUGUACUACUCUUCCAGGAUUUAGCCGUGGUUGUUUUGCUUAUAUUGAUACCAUUAAUCUCACCGAAUUCAUCCAAAGGAGGGGUUGGUUUCCAAGCCAUAGCUGAAGCCCUUGGAUUGGCAGGUGUCAAAGCAAUCAUAGCUAUAACUGCCAUUAUUGCUGGUGGGCGAUUGCUGCUUCGACCUAUAUAUAAGCAAAUUUCAGAAAAUCAAAAUGCAGAAAUAUUUUCUGCUAACACACUGCUUGUAAUUCUUGGUACUAGUCUCCUAACUGCCAGGGCCGGUCUUUCUAUGGCUUUGGGUGCAUUUUUGGCUGGUUUACUUUUAGCAGAGACUGAAUUUUCAUUACAAGUUGAAUCAGAUAUCGCCCCAUAUCGAGGCCUUCUGUUAGGUCUUUUUUUCAUGACGGUGGGAAUGUCCAUUGAUCCCAAACUUCUUGUUUCAAACUUCCCAGCUAUUAUGGGAUCAAUAGGCCUUCUAAUUGGUGGAAAAACAAUGUUGGUUGCUUUAAUUGGCCGUUUUUUUGGAAUUUCAAUAGUAUCUGCAAUAAGGGUGGGUCUUCUACUGGCUCCAGGUGGAGAGUUUGCUUUCGUUGCCUUUGGAGAAGCAGUUAAUCAGGGAAUAAUGUCUCCCCAGCUUUCAUCCCUGUUAUUUCUUGUGGUGGGUAUUUCAAUGGCAAUAACACCAUGGCUGGCUGCUGGAGGUCAAUUAAUAGCAUCUCGCUUUGAACUUCAAGAUGUGCGGAGUUUGUUACCUGUAGAAGCUGAGACAGAUGAUCUUCAAGACCAUAUUAUUAUUUGUGGAUAUGGACGUGUAGGCCAGAUCAUUGCCCAGCUUCUGUCUGAACGACUGAUUCCAUUCGUCGCUCUUGAUGUUAGAAGCGAUCGUGUCUCAAUUGGACGAGCUCUUGAUCUCCCUAUAUACUUUGGUGAUUCUGGUAGUCGAGAGGUACUCCAUAAAGUAGGUGCUGAAAGAGCUUGUGCUGCUGCAAUAACGUUGGACAGUCCAGGUGCAAAUUACAGAACCGUGUGGGCACUGAACAAGUAUUAUCCCAAUGUAAAGACUUUUGUACGAGCUCAUGAUGUUGAUCAUGGCCUCAACUUGGAAAAGGCUGGAGCAACUGCGGUUGUGCCAGAGUCCCUUGAACCAAGUCUCCAGUUGGCUGCUGCAGUCCUUGCACAAGCCAAACUGCCAAUGUCAGAGAUAGCAACAACAAUCAACGAGUUUCGGUCCCGCCAUCUAUCUGAGCUAACCGAGUUGUGCCAAACCACUGGGAGUUCUCUUGGUUACGGGUUUUCUAGAGUUGUAAAUAAAGCCAAAUCUCAGCCCUCAGACUUUUCAGACGAGGCAGAAGGUACAUUGGCGAUUUAACUCCGUUUUCUACAUUGUUUCGUAGCUAGAAAAAAAAACAAUAGAAAGAAAUGGAAUGGAGAACACACUAUUGAGGAUUCCGUGCAUACUCUACUUGUCUCACCCAUGCUAUAUAGAUAGAUGUACAGUAAACACGAACUUUGUGGGGGUGAAACACGACAUCAGAUGGGGCUUGAAUUUGGAAAAGUUUACCCAUCUUUCUGUAGUUUUACAGUGUAAUGAUCCCUUUCAAUUCACAUGCCUCAUUAUACUUGUAAAGAAAGACGGUCUGCUCUGAUUUUUGUUAAAUUUAGUAUGUGAUCCUUUUCAUUUGGAAGAAAAUUAUGCCCAUUCUGAUAAUAGUUACUACAUUAUAUUUAAAAGAAUCUAUGACUUGUCUUGGAUAAAAAGUAAACAUAUUUACUCCCUCCGUAUUUUAAACUUUGUU